UCAGACUGAGUGAGACAGAAGGUGGAUGAAAUCAAAGUUGACAUGAAGCAGAGCUGGAAAAAUUCAUCUUUUCAUCCAUUUGUAAGUCUAUGAAUUCAAAUUUGAAACUGAACAUCAUCUCAGCAUGAUUCUGUCAACACUGUUUCUGGAUUUGGUAUUUAUUCAAUUUAUAGCCUCCCAAAGUAUACGGACUAACUUGACAGAUGGAAAGUGUACAGCAGGAUUUUACAAAAGUGGUGAGGAAUGCAUAAGUUGUGAGAGUGAACACUACAUGGACAAGACAAACAGAUGGAACAAAUGUAAAGAAUGCUAUAGACCUUGUGAUGAGAUAAAUCAUGAAGUGGAAGAGAAAAACUGCACAUCAACACAGGACAGGGUCUGCGUCUGUAAAUCUGAGUUUAUCAAAGACGGUGUUUUCUGUAAACCUAACCCAAACAUCAGCGUAUCUUUGAACCCGCAAACGACUAUUAAAACCUCACCAGUAGAUUGUGGAAGUGGCUUUUUUCGGGAUGGUAGAGAAUGCAAAAGCUGUCUGAAGGUCAAAUGCAAAAACGAGUCCUGUAAAUCAUUUUGUUCCACCAUCGAUAAAGAAGGUUUACCUGAGACUCUGUUGCUGGUGUUUCUGAUCAUUGUGGCUUUUUUGGGUAGUCUUAUCUGUCUCUUUCUCAUCUGGUUCGGUAGACGCUUUUGCAGGGAAACCAAAAACUGUCCAAACUCUCAAAAUCGAUCAGAUCAACCCAGUGAUGUAAUCAACAUUCACAUACCAAUGGGAAGAAAUGUCUCAGCCCGUACCGAAACCACUAUCAAAAGCUUACCCGGGACCAGCUGCCCACACAACAUCUUCAGUGGAGAUUUACACAGCAUCAUGACCCCCCUGAUAGCACAAGGAAACCCAAAAUUGAUGCAGGUUUUGCAGAAGGAGUCGUGGCCGGCACCUGUACUCUACACUGUCAUUAGAGAGAUUCCAGUGUUGCGCUGGAAAGAGUUUUUGAGGCUGCUUUCUGUGUCGGAUGAUCAGAUGGAGCGGAUCGAACUGGAGGCAGGCCCGUCCUAUCUGGAAAAGCAGUACCUGAUGUUACGUCUGUGGAGUCAGAGCAGCGGAGCCAAAAUGGAGAACAUCUAUUCAACAUUACACUACAUGAACCUGUCAGGCUGCGCACAAGAACUGCAAGAAAAGCUGGAGCAAUUGCAAGCGUGAAAGCCGCCUCAUCUUGACUCCAUCUUCUUGAGUGAGAUGCAGAUGGAUUUCACAACCUCUGCCUUCUGUAAUUUUAGCAGGAAAUGCGUUGUUCUUCCACUGAUAAUUACAACCAAAAGCUGCACAAUGUGGCAUCACUAUUUUGGUUUUGGUAGCCACACACUGCACACCUAAAAAAUGCACUAGCAUAGUUUAAGAUCAUCAUGUGUCGUCUAUUAAAUAUUUCAGUAAUAACCAUCAUUAUUUUAAACCUUACUAGUCUUAAUACCAGCGUUCUUUCUAAGCUCAUCAUCACAUAGCUGUUGAUUAUAAACCUCAUUUUCGGUCACAUGAAGUGGCUUUGUGUCACAGUACUGUACAAGUGUUCAUUUUUAAAGUUAAUUCACAAAUUUGAAUGUGUGUGUGUGUGUGUGUGCGUGUGCGUGUGCGUGUGUGUGUGUGUGUGUGUGUGUGUACAGUUGAAGUUAGAAUUUUAGCUCUCCUGAAUUAUUUCCCCCCUCAUAUAUUUUUCCUCCAAUUUCAGUUUAACGGAGAGAUGUUUUUUUCAGCACAUUUCUAAUCAUAAUAGUUUUAAUAACUCAUUUAAUAACUGUUUUUUUUUAUCGUUGUCAUGAUGACAGUAUUUGUUAUUUAAUAUUAAUUCCUUACAUUUAUAUAGCACUUUCCUGGACACUCAAAGCACUUUACACAUUUUUGGGGGGGGAUCUCCUCAACCACCACCAGUGUGCAGCAUCCACCUGGAUGGCACGACGGCAGCCAUAUUGUGCCAGACCACACCCCAGCUGAUUGGUGGAGAGGAGACAGCUUGAUGAAGCCAAUUAUGAUAUGGCGAUGGUUUGGACGCCAUGAUGGACAGAGACCAGUGGGCAAAUUUGGCCAGGAUCUUGGAAUUAAACCCCUUCUUUUUCGAAGGACAUGCUGGGAUUUUUUUACGACCACAGAGAGUCAGGACCUCGGUAUAACAUCUCAUUCGAAAAACAACGCACAAUGAGUAGUAUAAGCUGUGUCUCAUUUCAGAGGCUGCAUUCGAAGUGCGCUGCGUCAUCGCGGCGCGACGAAGGCUGUCGCAUUUCAAAAAAAAUUGAAGGCUCCUUCAAAUGCAGCCUCCAAAUGCAUCCUUCAUUUCCCAGGUAAUGAAGGACACAACCGGUGGAUCCUUCGCAGCAUUAAAAGUCGCAAGAUUCAUUUCGCGCUGAUAAUGGCUGGACGUUUUUAAAAGAAAACUCAGGAUUAAAUGUAUGAAUUAAGUUUAUUACUUGGAUAUCUAAACACAUGUUUAAAAACAAAGAGUAUGACAUGUCUUAUACGAAAGAGUGAUUUUAUAAACCGUUUACAUUUUUAUGUGUACAUGUAUGGAUCAAUGGAAAUAUAUUUCCUGCUGCUGUAAACCCUGUUUUGCCUUCAGAUCGCUGAAAAUAAGUUUUAAAAUCACUUUGAAAAAAGUCAUUACAAAUUUUAUCAGCGCUUAUUAUCAGCAGCUGUUACGAUUGCCUGGUGACAUGAUCCGUCCUUUGUAGGCUAGAAACGCUCGUUUCAGCCUGUGUAGACUCCGAAGGACUCAUCUCUGAAGUCUGCAGCCCUAAAAUGAGACACAGCUAGAGUCCCCUUCACUAUACUGGGGUGUUAGGGCCCACACAGACCAUAGGUUGAGGGCCCCCUGCUGGUCUCCCUAACAUCACUUCUGGCAGCGACCUAGCUUUCUCAUGUGGUCUCACAUCCAGAUACUGACUAGGCGCAGCCCUGCUUUGCUUCAGUGGACCAUGUAAGACCAUGUAAGAGUUGCAGAGAGCUAGCUUUCGGCCAAUAUUUUACUAGAUAUUUUUCAAGAUGGUAGUAAUCAGCUUAAAGGGUAAUUUAAAGGCUUAACUAAGUUAAUUAGGUAAGUUAGGAUAUUUAGGCAAGUCAUUGUAUAACAGUGGUUUGUUCUGUAGACAGUUGAAAAAAAUAUAUUGCUUAAGAGGGCUAAUAAUUUUGACCUUAAAAUGGUUUUUAAAAAAUUAAAAACUGCUUUUAUUCUAGCCGAAAUAAAACAAAUAAGACUUUCUUCAGAAGAAAAAAUAUUAUCAGACAUGUUACUCCAGUUAUAUUAUCAGACAUAUUACUCUGUUAAACAUAAUUUGGAAAAUAUUUGAAAAAGAAAAAAAA